CUUGCCCCUCCGAAGGAAGGACACAGACACACAAACAAACACACAAACACACACUGACCGACACAACGUCCCAGCGCUGGAGGUAUUCUGACAGUUUUCAGGUUCAGGGUUUUGUUUUCAGAGAUAGUUUUGGAUUCUGUGGAGCCACCUGGAGCGACCUCACCGAUCAUGAACCCGGAAUACGACUACCUGUUCAAACUUCUUCUGAUUGGUGACUCUGGAGUUGGAAAGUCAUGUCUGCUGCUACGCUUCGCGGAUGACACGUACACUGAGAGCUACAUCUCCACCAUCGGAGUCGACUUCAAGAUCAGAACCAUCGACAUGGACGGGAAGACGGUGAAGCUUCAAAUCUGGGACACAGCCGGUCAGGAGCGGUUUCGAACCAUCACCUCCAGCUACUACAGAGGCGCUCACGGCAUCAUCAUCGUCUAUGACGUCACUGAGCAGGAGUCCUUUAACAACGUCAGGCAGUGGUUGGACGAGAUCGAUCGCUACGCCUGUGAAAACGUCUCCAGGCUGCUGGUGGGAAACAAGUCGGACCUCGUUAGCAGGAAAGUGGUGGACGCUGCCACUGGUCAGGAGCUGGCCACGUCCCUGAAGAUCCGCUUCCUGGAGACGAGCGCUAAGAGCUCGGACAACGUGGAGAGGUCUUUCCUCACCAUGGCCUCGGAGAUCCACCAGCGCCUGGCCAGUGAGGGAGCCGGUCUGCAGGGCCAGUCCACACAGGCCAAGGCCCAGGGCACCAAGAUCAGCAGCGCCCCCGUGAGGCUGGGGGGGGACAAACAGACGCAGGAGGCCGCUAACUGCUGCUGAGCAGGAAACAUCUGCCCUGAUGUGGCUGCGCUGCUCAGAGGGAGGUUCUAAACGCAUGCACUGGUUUAGUGUUUGAACACACAACCACAACAUGUUUUUAACUCUAUAUAUUUUUUGAGCUGGUUUUUUUGAAGAAGGCUUUUAUGAGGCAUUUCUGCUUUAUUAUGAAAAGAGACAAACACAAGAGGGAUUACAGCCGGACAGUGGGGGAGGAGUUUUAUAAAGAGUUCACUGUAUCAACCAUUUAACUCAAGGUAAAACACGACAUUUGUAAAAAGUAUAGUUUCAAAAGUCAAAUGAAAAUACUUUACUUUAAAUAAUGGUUCAAGUUAUGGGACGAGUUCUAUGAAGGAAUGUGACAGGAGCACUUUAAGCUUCUGUUACAGAUGAAUUUACAGAUGAUUUAAUUUGCUGUCAUUUCCCUGAAUGGGGACUUUUCAUGUUUAUCAGUUUUUGUUGUGGUUUGUUUGUUCUUUGUUUAGAUCAAUAAAAUAAUAUAUCAGGAGUCUCGAUGCUGAAAAUAUGUUUAAAAGUUAUACAAAA